AUGCCAGCGAUGCUUCUCAAGCCGUGCAUUCCAGCCGACGCAGUUGCGGCCGACUCUCCCUCGCGCACCGAUGCAGAGCAGACAACCGAUUUUGCAGAAGCGAACGAACCUUUCUCGUGGAAAGCCGGGAUUCUAUUCGUCGCAACUUGCGGUGCACUGGUUUGGUACUUUGAAUUUGAAAAGGAGCGGAUGCAAAGAAAGAGGAUAGCCGAUGCGUCCAAGGGUGUUGGCAGGCCAAAGGUCGGCGGGCCGUUUGAGCUGCUAGACCAAAAUGGCAAGCCGUUCACCAGUGAGAUGAUGAAGGGCAAAUACUCCUUGGUUUACUUUGGAUUCACUCGGUGCCCUGAUAUUUGCCCCGAAGAACUCGACAAAAUGGCCCGCAUGCUCGAUAUAGUCGAAGAAAAGGCUCCCGGUGCACUUCUACCAAUCUUCAUUACUUGCGACCCCGAGCGUGACGAUCCUCCGGCUCUCAAGAGCUACCUGGCUGAGUUUCACGACAAGUUCAUUGGCCUGACUGGCACAUACGACCAGAUCAAGGACCUUUGCAAGAAGUAUCGAGUGUACUUUAGCACACCGCAAAACGUCAAGCCGGGCCAGGACUACCUGGUUGAUCACAGUAUUUACUUCUAUCUGAUGGAUCCGGAGGGCGACUUUGUUGAGGCUCUGGGGCGACAGCAUUCACCAGACCAAGGCGCCCAGCUGAUUUUGGACCAUAUGAAGGAUUGGAGGAAAUGA